AUGGUCAAGCUUGAAGAGGUUCUCGACGAGGAGUUCAACAGAGAACAGGCCGGCCCCCAAGUCGAGGACGAAUGGGACACCAGCGAUGAGUCCGAGGCCUCAGACGACGAGGAAGACUACAUGCCCGACGAAAGCUUUGCCGACAGACUCGCCGCCCUCAAGGACAUUGUACCCCCUACAUACCGCAAGACCAUCUCCAACAUCUCUUCCACAACUUCUUCCUGGGUGUCGACCACACUCAACUACGGCGGAAAGACUCUGUGGGUUGUCAGCACCAGUGUGUUGCUGUUGGGUGUGCCGUGGGCAUUGGCUUUUGCAGAGGAGCAGCAGAUGGCCGAGAUGGAGAGAGAGAUGAAGAUGCAGCAGAGUGCCAAUGAGCUCCUCACUCAGCAGCAACAACAGCAGGCCAAGCCCGCUCUGUAA